ACUGUGUAAAUUUAAACAGAGUCAUUGAAAAAGCGUCUGUCUGCAAUAUUGACUGUAGCUUUGACAGCAACCUUUGCAGCUGGAAUCAGAUGAUCACAGAUGCUUUUGACUGGACAUGGAAAAAUGGUUCCACCCCCACCCUGAUGACUGGGCCGUCUGCUGACCACACUGGUGAUGGCCACUAUCUUUACAUUGAGGCCAGUAGUGUGUCAUAUGGGGACACUGCCCGACUCAUCAGCUCUGAGUGUUCUAACUCUGGUCCUCAGUGUCUGCAGUUCUGGUACCAUAUGCACGGUUCAGCCGAUACAAUGGGCCUUCAUGUCUACUUGUUCCAGGACAGACUGGCUGAUGCUGUUUGGUGGAAGAGUAAUGAUCAAGGAAAUAUGUGGCACCUGGCUCAGGUGGACUUGACAACAACUGGAGCUUUCCAGAUAAUUUUUGAGGGGCGAAGAGGUUCCAACAAUCAGUCUGAUGUGGCCAUAGAUGAUGUAUCUCUUUAUCAUGGGCACUGUAGAGACCUGGCUAAACCAACAACCCCUGCUCCCACAACCUUCAAUCCAGUUGCAACAGAAGGUCCAGAGAUUCCUCCAGUAAACAGCUCAACCGCUGCACAACCACAAACAUCUACUUUGUCAAUACCACAGACACCAUCGCACACACAGCCACAGCCACAAACAACAACUAGCCCACCAACCACAGCUCAGCCACAGCCACCAACCACAACAAGACCCCACCCUUCAACUGAAACUGAACCACAGCCACCAACAACAGUUAGACCACAACCACCAACCACACCUGUACCAAGUUUCAGUAAGUGCACUAUCAAGGGAGUCCCUGAAUACAGAACCUUUGAUAAAAUGACGUAUGGCUUUGAGGGUGAGCACUCGUAUGUGCUGGUCAGGACCAACAACUUGCCAAGUAAUCUUCCAGAUGUCUACCUCGAGGGCAUCAAUACACACACCACACAUGAUGACGAUGAUAGUCCGCAUCAUGAUGACAGUAGUGGUGAAGUAGAACACAGAGACAGAGAGGAAGAUGACGAUGACGAUGAUGAUGAUGAUGAUGACAAACGUGAUGGCCAUAGUGAAGUUCAUAAGGAACACCACAGAAUACAAGAGCUUAAGAUCAGAGUGUACAAUCACACUGUGGAGUUCAAGGAGAAUCGGACACUGGUUGUGGACGGAACAAUAACUAAUACUCCCGUCUCACCCACUGCUGGUCUAAAAAUCUGGGAGCAGUCCUCUCGCAUCUACCUGAAGACUGAUUUUGGCCUCUCAGUGGUGUUCAGUGGACACACAACAGAGAUCAUUCUACCAAACAUAUAUAAAAGGACGGUGGGGGGUCUGUGUGGGAACUUUGACGGUUUGAAGUGGAAUGACUGGGUGAAGCCAGAUGGUACCAGAGCCAAGUGCAUUCAAGAGUUUGGAGACAGCUGGAGAGUGUGAAUCAGAUCAGAUGGAUACAAGACAGGUUCUCCAAAACCUGCGCCGCCAAACAUGACUUGGCAUCACCUUGACCAGUGGCAAUGAUGUCCAGUUUUCUUCACUGUUGCUCCAGCUUUUCAGGACCAUACAUAUGGGACAUUGACAAAUUCUUGCUGUUAUUCACAAUGUAUAUCGUAGUAAAAAGACUUAACUACUGCACCUAUAUUAUUCUGCCAAUUUGAUUCAAAAAUCAGAUGUCUACCUUUCAGAUGUAUUUUUUAAAAGUUACUAGCUGUUUCAAGAAAAACAGUGUUAUCAGACUUUACUGCAUGCAUCCUUUCCAUGCAUACUAUUUAGACAAAGGUGCUAUUCAUAUACAGCUACUGUACACCUAUAUUACAAAGUAAUGGCCAUAUUAUUGUGAUACAAAACCUACAAUACAGUGUGUUUAAAUCAUUAUAAUGCAUGACUACAAAUUGAUUAUUUAUCGCCAUCUGAUAUUGCUGAAAAGAAAUUCACUGUGCAAUAAUCAUUGCUUGCACUUGGUCAUAAUGUGUAUUUGAAUGUCAGUGCAUUGGUUUCUACUGAAUU